GCCUACAAAUGCUCCAUGGCUAAGAAGAGAAAAGCUGAAGAUCAGAUAUCAGGCGUUCCUGUCAACAAAAGGAAGUCCCUGUUAAUGAAACCCCGCCACUACAGCCCCAGCUUGGAAUGCAAAGAAGAAAAUGAAGACAGGACAGAGUUACAGGAAGAUAUCAGUGUCCUUGAAAGCAGCUCAACUUCAGAGGAGAGUACUACAAAGUCAUCUGAGGAAACCCCUCAUUUGGGUGGGCAAGAAAAUCCCAGUCAAAGAAAAGACAACUACUCCAGCUAUCAAGAUGCUGUGGCCAAAUCUUUGAUGAACAUGGGAAAAGUAGCAAAAGAUGCACCCAGUCAAACAGUGGCAGAAAAUCUAAAUGAUAGGGGCAUUCAAUCAUUAAAAACAGAAAAUGAUGAAGCUGAUGAAUGUUACCUGAUUAGCUCAGCUGAAGGAAAGGAAAAGACUGCUAUCUCUGACCCAAAAUACUGUUCAUCUGAGGAAAAUGAAAGUAACUCUGAAAUUAUGGACAAUGAGUGGGAUAGCUCUUCGAAUUUCUCAGAAGAAACUAAUGUAAAGCCCCAUGUGACUCAGAAAUAUAUCGUAGAGUGUAAUCAACCCAGCAUCCUGGAAGUCCCAGAAAUUAAGAAGGAAGAGGUCGAAUAUGGUCCUUGUGAAACACUCUGCGAUUCAGAAACAGAGCUAAGAGCACCCCAGGAGCCCCACUCUGAUCCUUUCGAGAAGAGAAUUCAAAACCUCUUCCCUGAAAGUGAAGAAGACGACAACGAGUGCCUGUCAGAAAGCACAGAUGUGUCAGUUGAGCUGGACAAAACAAAAGGGAACUUGAGUUUGCUCGAGCAAGCAAUCGCUCUGCAGGCAGAGCAAGGGCAUGUGUUCCACAGCACCUACAAGGAACUGGAUAGGUUUCUUCUGGAGCAUCUAGCAGGGGAAAGGAGACAAACCAAAGUUAUGGACAUUGGUGGGAGACAGAUAUUUAGCAGCAAACAUUCACCCAGGCCCGAAAAGAGAGAAACCAAAUGCCCCAUCCCAGGAUGUGAUGGCACAGGGCACGUGACUGGGCUGUACCCUCACCACCGCAGUCUCUCAGGCUGCCCACAUAAAGUUAGAGUGCCACUAGAAAUUCUUGCCAUGCAUGAAAAUGUUUUAAAGUGUCCCACCCCAGGAUGCACUGGAAGAGGACAUGUGAACAGCAAUCGCAACACACACCGAAGCCUUUCUGGUUGUCCAAUUGCUGCAGCUGAAAAGCUGGCAAUGUCCCAAGAAAAGAACCAGCUCGAGUCUCCAAAAGCUGGGCAGUGCCAUGAUCAGACUCACAGGACAAAUUUAGCAAAGCAGCCUGAGCUAUCUCAGUUCAGUUACAGAACUUCACAGCCAGUCACUUCCUCCAGAGGCACGCUGGGGAAAGAGCAGGAGAAGUUUGGGAAAGUCCCAUUCGAUUAUGCCAGUUUUGAUGCACAAGUCUUUGGCAAACGCACAACUGCACCUGUGUCACAAGGUCGAAAAACACCUCAGUUUCUUGAAUCAAAGCAUUUUUCAAAUCCAGUGAAAUUUUCUAAUCGACUGCCUAGUGCUAGCGCCCACACACAGAGCCCUUGCCAUGCCAACUCUUAUAGCUACGGUCAAUGUAGUGAAGACACCCACAUAGCAGCAGCUGCUGCUAUCCUGAACCUUUCCACCCGCUGCAGGGAAGCAGCAGAGAUCCUCUCCAACAAACCACAGAGUCUGUCUGCCAAGGGAGCUGAGAUAGAAGUGGAUGAAAAUGGCACUCUGGAUUUGAGCAUGAAAAAGAAUCGAAGCCAAGACAAAGUUAUGCCUCUCACUUCUUCCAGCACAGCACUUCCCACUCCCUCCUCUUCUCCUUUCAAAGCAAGUAGCAUCCUGGUAAAUGCAGCCUUCUACCAGGCACUUUGUGAGCAGGAAGGCUGGGAUACACCAAUCAACUACAGCAAGACCCAUGGCAGGAAAGAAGAAGAAAAAGAGAAAGAUCCAGUGAGCUCUCCAGAAAACAUGGAGGAAAAGAAGUACCCGGGAGAUGUCUCCAUACCCAGUCCUAAACCUAAGCUCCAUUCAAGAGAUCUCAAAAAGGAGCUCAUCACCUGUCCAACCCCAGGAUGUGAUGGCAGCGGUCAUGUAACAGGAAACUAUGCCUCACACCGCAGUGUUUCUGGGUGCCCAUUAGCUGACAAGACAUUAAAAUCCCUUAUGGCUGCUAACUCUCAGGAGCUCAAGUGCCCAACACCUGGCUGUGACGGCUCUGGCCAUGUGACAGGGAACUAUGCAUCCCACAGAAGCUUGUCUGGCUGUCCUCGUGCCAGGAAAGGAGGUAUCAAAGUCACUCCUACCAAGGAAGAAAAAGAAGACCCUGAACUUAAAUGCCCAGUGAUAGGCUGUGAUGGCCAAGGUCACAUAUCAGGUAAAUACACUUCUCAUCGCACUGCUUCUGGUUGUCCUUUGGCUGCCAAGAGACAGAAGGAGAGUCCUGUCAAUGGGUCUUCGCUAUCCUGGAAACUGAACAAACAGGAGCUGCCACACUGUCCUUUGCCAGGCUGCAACGGGCUGGGUCAUGUUAAUAAUGUUUUUGUCACCCACAGAAGCCUGUCUGGUUGUCCUCUGAAUGCACAAACCAUAAAAAAGGGCAAAAUUUCGGAAGAAUUAAUGACUAUCAAGCUUAAAGCAAGUGGCGGUAUUGAGAGUGAUGAAGAAAUAAGACACUUGGAUGAGGAAAUAAAAGAGCUGAAUGAAUCCAAUCUUAAAAUUGAAGCCGACAUGAUGAAACUUCAAACUCAGAUCACAUCUAUGGAGAGCAAUUUGAAAACAAUAGAAGAGGAGAACAAACUCAUAGAGCAGAACAACGAGAGCCUGUUGAAGGAGUUAGCCGGCUUAAGCCAAGCCCUUAUCUCCAGUCUCGCUGACAUUCAGCUGCCACAGAUGGGGCCAAUCAGUGAGCAGAAUUUCGAAGCAUAUGUAAAUACACUCACAGACAUGUACAGCAAUCUGGAACGGGACUAUUCCCCCGAAUGCAAAGCUCUGCUGGAAAGUAUCAAACAGGCAGUGAAGGGCAUCCAUGUGUAGGAUGUGAAAGCUGCUGGGCAACAGAAAUUACUUAACAGCAGUAAACUCCAGAUGGAUAUGUUAGGAGUUCAUGUACUGCUAAGGGGUGUAGGUUGCCAUGCUGCAUUUACAAUUGCAACA